UAUAAGAAAUAAGUCGUUGUGGCAUCAAUUUAAUGUCUGUUUAAUAUUGAAAUAAUUAUUGGAACAGAAAUAAAUCUUUAUUGACAAUUGGUUUCUUCAUCAUAAUUAUACAAAAUGGGUUUGACUAAACAAUAUUUACGCUGGGCAUCGGCUGGAAAUUUUAAUAUUAUUGCAAGUGCUAGAUGCAACAUUGUUUUUGUUACUCUUGAUGGACAAGAGGGUAGAUAUGUUGCUGUUGCAGGUUGUGAACACAUUCUCAUAUGGGAUUUAAGAUUAGGAGAAAAACGACAAGUGCUGUUAGGAGAAAAAAUAGAAGUGACAUUCUUGUCUGCUAGUCCAAAUAAUAUUCAUCUUGCAGCUGGUUAUGCUGAUGGUACUAUUCACGUAUUUGAUUUAAAUACUGGUGAUGUUGCAACUGUUUAUUCAGGUCAUAAAUCUGCUAUUUCCACUUUAUGCUAUGAUGAAAUGGGACAUAGGCUUGCGUCAGGAAGCAUAGAUACUGAAAUAAUUGUGUGGGAUACUGUGGCAGAGGCUGGACAAUGUCGUCUCUCUGGUCACAAAGGAAUAGUUACUCAAGUUAAAUUUAUGAGGGACUAUAAUAUACUUAUAUCAUCUUCAAAGGAUACAUUUAUUAAAUUGUGGGACUUGGAGACUAAAAGAUGUUUUAAAACAUUGACUGGCUACAGAACUGAGGUGUGGGCAAUGACUUUGAUGAAAGAUGAUAAAUAUUUAAUAACUGGUAGUAUUGAUUCCCAAUUAACUGUUUGGAAAAUAUCACAGAAGAAUGAAGACACAAAUAUUGAAAAUGGUAUACAACAUCUUUCUUUAGAACCAGAUAACCCAGAUGCAGAAAUAGAGGAUAAUACUUGCCCAAUAGUAUGUUCUAAGUUAGGAGUGAUUAUGAGAUCAAGCAAAGGGAGAGUUGUAUCAUUAGUACCAGAUAAAACUGGAAAAAUACUUGCAUGCCAUGGGGUGGAUAAUACACUAGAUAACUUUUACUUUUGUGAUGAUGAAGAAUCAGAGAAAAGGUUGAGAAAACGAAAGAAAAACAGAGAAAAAAAGAAAUUGUCAAAGAACCCUGAAAUGGAGAUGGAAAUUGAAAACAUUGAUGCUGAGGAAGUAGAUUCGGUAGAACUAGGACUCAAAGAUGAAAUAAAGAAACUGUCAUCUUUAAAAGUUGACUAUAAAAUAAAAUCUGUUGAUGUUGUUCUUGGAAGUGCUGGUGAAUUUCGAAUAGCCAUCAUACAAGCAAAUAACACUGUGAAUAUGUAUAGAUCUAAUAUUGUUGAUAAGCAAUCGGUUCCAUCAAUUUUACGAUCAAUUUCUUCAAUGGGUCAUCACAGCGAAGUUAGAGCUGUUUGUUUUAGCUCUGAUAAUCUUGCUAUAGCCUCAGGAAGUGCUGAAUCAGUAAAAGUUUGGAAUAGAACUUCACAAAUCUGUUUGCAGACUAUUGAGACUGGUUAUGUACUGAGCUUAUGUUUUGUACCUGGUGACAGGCAUUUAUUAAUUGGUUUGAAAUCAGGCGCAUUGCUCAUAGCAGACAUUGCAGCAGGGGAUGUUUUAGAAGAAAUACCUGCACAUUCUAAAGAAUUGUGGUCUAUUACAUUAUUACCGAAUAUGAGAGGUCCAGUGACUGGUGGUGGCGAUAAUACAGUGAAACUAUGGAAUUUUGAGUUAAUUCAGCCAGAAAAUGUGGAUGAAAAAGCAGCAAAGGCUAAAGUGCUUUCACUUCUGCAUACCAGAACCCUAAAACUUGAAGAAAGCGUGCUUUGUGUGAGAGUAUCUCAAAAUGGAAAAUUCAUAGCUGUUGCACUUCUUGAUUCUACAGUUAAAAUAUUUUUUCUCGACACUUUCAAAUUUUAUAUAUCUUUAUAUGGUCACAAAUUACCAGUGCUUUGUAUGGAUAUUUCUUCUGAUUCAACUUUAAUUGCUACUGGGUCAGCAGAUCGAAAUAUUAAGGUAUGGGGUUUAGACUUUGGUGAUUGCCAUCGCUCAAUAUUUGCACAUGAUGAUUCUGUAACAGGAUUACAAUUCGUUCAUGGUACACAUCAAUUUUUCACAAGCGGAAAAGAUGGAAAAAUUAAACACUGGGAUGGUGACACAUUUGACAAGAUUGCAACAUUGCCUCAAGGACAUAUAGGAGAAUGUCAUGGUCUAGCAGUGUCUCCAGCUGGUGGGCAUUUAGUUAGCUCUGGAUCGGAUAGAGUGAUAAGAUUAUAUCACAAAACUGAUGAGACAUUGGUGCUUCAAGAUGCAGCGGAAGAGGAACGUCAAGCUGAAGAAGAUGCAUCAUUAGCAACAGGGGAGGAAACUGCUGUCCAAGGAUUGCCUGGUUUAAAUUUGCCUUGUAGAAAAACAGUUGGAAGUGAGAAAGGAGCUGAAUCCAUUUUAGAAUGCUUAGAGGUAUCAGCAGCAUAUCAAAUAGAAUUAGAUGAAUGUGAGUUACUUCAACAGAAAACUGGAAAGUCUGUGCCAAUACCUCAACCGCCACCAUUAAUGCUAGCGUAUAAUGUAAACACGCCUCAAGAAUUUUUACUAGAUACAAUCAAAAGAAUUCGUAGCAGUGAUCUGAUUGAAACAUUACUUAUACUUCCAUUUUCUGCUGUUACGGAUAUAUUAAAAAUGUUGCCUACAAUGUUUAAUGGUGCUGAUAUUGAAAUAUUAUGUAAAGUUUCUAUAUUCUUAAUAAAAAUUCAUCAUGCACCUAUAGUAGCUAAUCAAACUCUACUUCCUGUGAUAAGAAAGUUAGAGAAAAAAUUAAUGAAAUAUACUAAUGAACUAAGGGAUAUUAUUGGCUAUAACUUGCAUGGACUACAAUAUAUCCAACGAGAUAUUGAAAAUACGGAGGGAGUGCUUCUAUUUAGAGAUGCAACUAAAGAAAAAAAUAUACGAACAAAGAAAACAAGACAAAGAGAAAGAGCUAAGAGAGCUUUUCUUACUUUAAAUACAUAACCAUGAUCUACAAACAUUUGUAAAUAAAAGUGAAAGCAAAUAUAAACCAAUUUAUAAAAGAAA